AAAUGGAAGAAUAGAUCCUUUAUACAUUGAACAAAUCCUUUUAAAAUUACAUUUUAAAUUACAUUUUAAUCAAUUAAAUUAUGAAGCAUGUGUAAAGAAAACAUUAUUUAAUUUCUGGUGUCAGUAUCUCUUUAACUAUAAUGUGCCAGUUACUAGCCAUACUGCAGCCUUGACAAUAUUAAUUAUGACAUCACAAUGUGAGUGAUGACAUCACAAUACCCAGCGAUGACAUCACAAUGUGAGUGAUGACAUCACAAUGUCCAGUGAUUACAUCACAAUGCCCAGUGAAAUUUCCCCAUCCUGUAUCCAGAGCUCUAACUACUCACUUGUCAGUUGGAGAAGAAGAGUGAAUGAGACAGUCAUGGCUUAUUCAAUCUCUAUCCAAAUUAUUCUUUCUAUAUUACUAAAUUAUUUCAUUAUUUUUGCUGUGGGCUUCCCGGUUUGGAGACUGGAUGGACCCAGUGAUCAGAAGGCAGAUUGUACUACAUCCGAUUCUAUGAAACAAUUAGUUUUAGAGAUCCCUAAACCGUAUAUCCGUUUGGCUGGAGCAUGCAUUAGUUUGUUGAUAAUUGGACUUCUGGCAUUAAGCAUUCGUUUCUGCAACAAGCAUGUGAAAGAAUUAAAAAAACGUGAGGAAGAGGUGCGGAGUCUUCAAGUAGUUGAACCAGGAGUAAAAAUACACAUAGGAGAAGAAGAAAACUCUAAGGAAAAUGAAGUGACUCCUAAUAAAGAAAAUAAUAAUAAAGUGGGAGAAAUAUCAGAGUCUGCUACAAUAACGGAUGUCCCUCAAGAGAACUGUGCUGAAACAGAUAAAAAGAUUAUAGAUGUUGAAUCACAGCACAUGAACGAAGAGACCACUGAAAAACAAAAAAAGAAAAACUGGAGGAAAUAUCUUCCUUUUACUAAAAAAACCAAUCCACCUCCUGAGAACGGUGUGGAAACAGAUAAAGAGCUAAAGGAAAGUGGGAAGAAACUACUAAAACUUCUAAAACUACUAAAACUAGUAAAACCACGAAAACCAGAAUUAGCAGAGGAAACAGAUGAACAGAACAAGAAAGUUCAUGAAACGCAAGUAGAGGAAGUUGAUCAGAAGAAGAAAAAAAGAAUAUGGAAAUGGAAAUGGAAAAAGAAAAGGGCAGAAAUGACACUUCUCCCAUUAUAAAAACCAAAGUCGGAGGAGGAGCAGUUCAAAAUAGAAAAUGGAAUAAGGGCAGCCCUUUCCUUGUGAGGCAAUUACUGGCGACUUCGGAAAACGAAGCGUUCCGUGUGCCCGCCCCAGGCGAUUUACAUUUUAACCGGCGGAAGGCAGAUCAGGCAGAUUAGUCGCCGCGAAGAAGAGGAGAUUUGUCGCCUGGUCACUUAUCUCCACAAAUCUGCCUGUGUGGCCAAACCCAUAGAAUCAGUGUGACCUUUAAACAUUGAUAACAUUAUAAUGUUUUUUUUUUUGUUUAUAUUGUUACACUUAAAAAAAUAAACCAUUGUAUAAAAGUAUACCAGCUUUAUUUUCUAAUGACUUGAGUAAUAAAAUACACGAGAAAACCUUAAAGGCUUUUCCUUAUUUCUGUGUGAUUCACAAUUUAAAGGGUCAGCGACCCCCCUCCCAGAGCUGUUUACAAAGACAAAAGACAUUAAAAAAAUAAACUUUACACUUUAGAAAAACGGUCACAAAUAGAAAAUGAGAAGUAAAACGUUUUUACUUCUCAUGAAUGAUCUGAUAACAACUGACGUGAAAGUGUUUAAAGGUGAACAACCCCUUUAAGAUUUAGUUUAUGUUUUAGCGUAAGUUACCCAAUUUACAUACAUUUGCACUAUCCAGCCAGGCCCCCCUUAGGGUCAAAAUUUGAUCCACAACAGGACCCCCUCUCCCCUGUGAUAGUGGCUGAGUAUUGUGCUAAGUAGGCUUGGGCCAUUGUACCAGUUUUGCUUUGCCAAAAAAUUCACUGCUGGCGCCCAUUAGAAAUUAUUUUGACUCGCGGCAAAAUAAAAUUUGACGCACAACGCCAUACAAGUCUAUGGGCGUCAUUUCCAUGCCAAAACAAGUUUUGCCCAUCCCUAGUGGUAAGUCCACAGUGCUACAAGCUCUAGGCAGGGUGUUAAUUUAGAAGAAGGUGACCCCACAUCUUCUGGGGGGGAGAGCAAGAGAUAUAGAGGGCCCAGUGGGAUACUGACUGAUCUGAUUAGGGGGGCCCUAAAAUGAAAGAGGAUAAUCAGACUAUAUAGACGGUGUCCAUUUUAAGACAUUAACCCCAUCCCAAUACACACACGUUUGUACAGAACAGGAGAGGAUCUAAUGCUACAUCUCUAUUGUGCUUAAAGAAAUCAUUGCACAGCUCUUUAAUAUGCCUGUAAAUAUUUUGUACAACAGCCACAAUGAAUGAAGGUACAAAUCUUAUUUUGUUGUGUAUUAAAAUAAAAUACUAACAAGUGGCUACA